AUGAAUUCCGCAACAUUACAACUGCCAUUAUUUGCUGAUUUUUUGCCUCAUCUUCAUGCUUAUGCAAACAGUGUUUUGUAUCCUGCUGUAAUUUAUCCGCAAAACUCGUCAAGAAAGAUAGAAUCAAAUAUUGUGAUUGGCAUACCAACAGUUGCUCGACGAAAUGUACUAGGCCAUUUAAAGCUUCCAAGUUUAAUACAGUCUUACCUGUUGCCGACACUACAGUCGUUAAUUGGAGGAAUUUCGAGUAAUAGAGAUGGAAUGGUUGCUAUCGUUGUUCUCGUUUCCGACUUCUUGGGUUCCAAUUCUUCAUUUGUAAAACAGCAAUGUGCAUCAUUGCAAUCAGAAUUUUUUCCCGAAAUAAAUUCAGGACUUUUAACUAUUAUUGUUCCACCUAUUGAAUGGUAUCCUUCUGAUUUACACUCUGUUGUUCCAACUUUCAAUGAUUCUCCCGAUCGAAUGUAUUGGCGUACAAAACAGAAUCUUGAUUAUAUGUAUUUGAUGUUGUACUGUCAAAGGCGAGGCCAAUAUUAUUUGCAGCUAGAGGAUGAUGUACUCGUUAAACCUGGUUAUGUUCAUUCAAUCGAGAAAUUUAUUAGUGAUAAUGCAGCAGUUGAUUGGUUCAUGCUUGAAUUUUCAUCCUUAGGUUUUAUUGGUAAACUCUUUCGAACAUCAGAUUUGAAACUGUUGGUACAGUUCAUUGCCAUGUUCUACCGACAAAAACCAGUGGAUUGGUUGCUAGAUUUAUUAUUUAUAAAUAGAUACUGCCAUCCAGAGAAGUCCGAUAAGAAUUGUGCUGAGGUUGUCAAGCGACACCGCAUUCGUCAUCGACCCUCCCUCUUUCAGCAUAUUGGUGUGCAUUCAUCGUUGACUGGAAAAUUACAAAAAUUGCGGGAACGAGAUUUUGGUAAAGAUCAGUUGUAUAUACCUCAUAAUGACAAUCCUCCUGCAAAAAUCACUACAUCGCUAAAAACUUAUAUGGUUUUUGAUAUUAAUAGUGCUUAUGACGGUCGUAACUAUUAUUGGGCCUUUGCUCCAGUUGCUCACGACUACAUAUUAUUUGAAUUUUACUCUGUAUUUUCAUUGAUCGGAGUUGUAAUCCGUACUGGUAACCCGGAACAUCAGGAUGAUAUAUUAAAUGAAACUGCAGAACUGCUGAUUAAAAAAAUAAAUGAAGAUAAUUUUACAUCUGUUGCUCGGUUUAAUAAGCGUGGCACACUACGAGCUGAUUUUGAUAGGGAAGUCGAAGUUACAUCAAUGAAGAUUGAGAUUCAUGAGAGAAGCUCCAAUUGGCUGAUAAUUAAUGAGGUGCAUGUAAUUGUAGUGUAA